AUGGCGAUGGUCCCGGUAAAUCCCGUUCCUAAUCCGCCUCUUGGAGUAGAUUUCGACGCAGAAGCUGAGGAUCGCGAUGAGUUUCAUAUCAACAAGUUGGCGACAGAUUUUACGGAAGCUGAGGAAUCGAUUCGUCAUAACGUGUACCCAGAAAGCGACGAUGAGGAUGAGGAACGUGUUCGUAGUGGUGGUGCGAGUAGGGGGACUCCCAUAGUUCGUGGUGAUGGUUCAAUGUACAAAGGGCAAAGCUUCUACAAUGGAAUCGCUUUUAAGGAGUGUGUUCUUGACUACGCACUUGUAUCCGGUUGUAACUUGAAGCAAUACAGGUACGAUAGAGAUAGAAUCGGUUUUAAGUGUGUUGGUGCUAAGGGGAAAUGUAUGUGGAAAGUUUAUGCGGCAUGUUUGCACAAUGAGUCGAUGUGGAGGAUUACAUUGUACACGAACAAGCAUAUUUGUGUACCUAAUGGAGAGUGUGAAAUGUUUAAGGUGCCAGUGAUAGCUAGGUUGUUUCUAGAUAAGAUAAGAGAAGAACCGGAAUAUUACAUGCCUUUGAAGAUGGAGCAGACUAUAAUGGAGAAGUGGAAGAUAUCAGUUACUAGAGGUCAAUGUCAAGCUGCUAGGAGAAAGGCAUUGGCAUGGAUAGAGCUUGAAUAUGACACUCAAUUUGAGCGACUCAGAGACUAUGGGGCUGAGAUAUUGGAAGCAAAUAAAGGUUCUGUUGUAGAGGUAGAGACGGUGAAGAACGAGGUCGGACAGGAUGUGUUUAAGCGAUUCUAUGUAUGCUUUGAUGCUCUUAGGAGAACAUGGAAAAAAUCUUGCAGACCACUAAUACGAGUUGAUGGUUGUUUCUUAAAAGAAAAGAUCAAGGGACAGUUGCUGGUUGCUUUAGGAAGGGAUGCUGACAAUGUUAUCUACCCAAUGGCUUGGCUGAAGAUCGACUUGGAGUUAGGUGAUGGGGAUGGUUACAUUAUGGUGUCUGAUCGACAAAAGGGUUUGAUUAAAGCUGUUGAGUUAGAGUUACCAAAGAUUGAGCAUAGAAAAUGUGUUAGGCACAUUUAUGGUAAUCUAAAGAAGAGGCAUCCGGAUAAGAAGCGGCUGAAGAAACUCCUUUGGGAUCUAGCUUGGGCGUUCCACAAGAUUGGCAGCUACUGUGAGGAUGUGGAAAACAACUCUGUGGAGUCCUUCAAUAGCACAAUCAACAAGGCAAGAGAGAAGCCAUUUGUGGCCAUGUUGGAGGCUGUUCGAAGGCUUGCAAUGGUUCGAAUUGCUAAGCGGUCUGCACUUUCUCAUUCGCACGAAGGGAUAUGCACUCCAUAUGUGAAACGCUUCUUGGCUGAAGAGCAUAAGGCAGCUUCUAUGUGCUUUGUUCAUCCCAGCACAAAUGGAGCUUAUGAAGUUUACCUGGGAUAUGACAAACACAGAGUCAAUUUGAAUGAAAGGACUUGUACCUGCAUGAAGUUUCAGAUAUGUGGAAUCCCCUGCGAACAUGCUUAUGGACUGAUACUCAAGAAGACAUUGGAAGCUGAAGAUUACGUGUGUGAAUGGUUCCGAACUUUCAAGUGGAAAGAGAAUUACACGGAGGGGAUUAUACCACAAAGAGGUCCACGCUAUUGGCCUUGCACUGGUGGUGAAAGUGUGCAUCCACCACCAAGGGCGGAUGAUGAAAAGGUAGACAAGAAGAGGAAGAAAGGUGCUCAUGAGUCACCUACCAAGAAGAAACCAAAACAAAAGAAGAGAAUCAUGCAUUGUGGGAUAUGUGGUGCAGCUGAUCAUAAUUGUAAGUACCACCAGAAGAAGAAGAAUAAGAAGAAUACAACACAGGGUGGAACUCAAGUGGAAUCUUCUCAAGGUUGUCUUACUCAAGAUAAGUAA